AUGGGACGUCGCGAUAGACAUAGAGAGCCCUCGAUCUCGCCGCCGCCUCCCCCGCCUAUGGGGCAGCCACCACCGCCAGAUCCCACUUAUCACUUUGAGAACUACGAGAACGGCAAACCGAAAUGGGCGCCUGGAAAAGACAACCAGAGAGACUAUCGCGACUAUCGCGACAGCCGCAGAGGGGAUCAUCGUCGUCCACGAAAGGAGCGGCCUGUAGAUGAUGCGCCCCCGCCGCCAUAUCCAAUGAACCCUCCUCCCCCACCGGGAGCAGCACAAUAUCCACCUCCCCCACCAGGAGCAUCAGAUUAUCCACCUCCCCCGCCUGGAGCAGCGCAACCACCGCCGCCGCCAGACCCACGCGACCACCGAGACCGCGGCGCUCGACCACGUCGCCAUCGUAGACAGCCGUCCUACUCUUCCGACGACUCAGAAUCAGACUCCCCACCCCCACCACGACGCAGCCACCGCGAGGAGCGUCCCCGUGAAGAGCGCCCCCGUCGAUCGAAGCGCGAGGACACCUACGACUCAUAUGAUGAACACUACCCGCCUCGCAGACCCAAGGACGAAGGCCGCCGUGACCGCGAUGGCUACAAGUCCGAAGGCUACAAAUCGGACCGUCGGCGCAGAGACCGAGACCCUUACUACGAUGACCGCGACCGUCGAGACAAGCCACGUGACGACCGCAGACGCCGCGAUGACCGUUACGAGGACCGAUACGACGACAUGUUCAACAGCAAGCCGCGUCGCGACUCUCGCUACGACGACAGAGAUCGGGAUAGGCGCGGUCGAUACGACGACGAUGACCGCUACGAUGACCGCCGUAGAAGUGGUAGAGACGUUGGCAAGCCAGGAAAGCCUGGGCAGCCUGAGUGGCAGAGGCAGGCUAUGGGCAUGUUCAAGGACUAUGCGCUGCCCAUCAUCAAGAAGGAGGGUGCCAAAUAUGUGCAAAAACAAAUGGCUAAUGGCUUUGGGAGGCGCUAG